AUGAAUGAUGAAUUAUAUUCAAAAUCAAUGAUUAAUAAUGAAAAACAAACAUCAGUUGCUAAACUUGUUAAUCAAUUAUGUAUUUUUUUUCCAGUUAGACAUUUACUCAAUAUGCAUGGUACGAUAAAAAGUGAUGGUAAAUCGCGUAUUAGUAUUAGAUGUGCUACACUAAUAUAUCUAUCACAUUUAUCAAUAAUUUGA